UGCACCUUAAUGGUACCCAUAGCCUUUACUGUUAUAUACUUAGUAUAUUUUCUUUGGUUAUAUAUUACGUUAUGUUGAAAGACGUAUGUCAUUGUCAAGCAAUGUCAAGAAAAUAAACAUAAUACAAUUGGAAUGUAUAAUUUCGUGUAAACUUAAUCAAUUUUAUUAUUUUCUUUAAAAUGGACGAAUCCACAACCAAGUUUGUGCAGAAUGACACCGAUGUAUUGACAGCUUCCAUUCCCUUCACCGAAUCACCCAGAAAAUGCAAUCUAUCUUUUUCAAUUAAUUUCGAUUUUAACGAUGUUAAUAGCGAAAAUUCGACUGAUUCCGAAAAUGCUGACUUACAAAUCGAUAUAUCUGAAGUGGAUAAUUAUGAACCAUCUAGUAAGCAUAAAAGAGAAACUGUUGAAGAAGCAUCGGUGCUUAAUGAAAUGGAAGAGGAAAUUGAAAGGCAACUCGAUGCUGAAGCUGCCAAAACGAAUUUAACUGCUACUAAUGUUAAAAAUAUUUUGAAACACGUAAUUCCUUACGAACAUUUAAUGACAAUGGUACAAAAAUGGCUUCAGGAUACAGAAAAUGAUAUCGGCCCUAAGCUCACAAGAGCUAAAGCCAAAAAAUUAGCAGCUGCAAAAGUCAAUAUACCAUGGCCUAUUACUACAGCGCAGAACACUUCUUCGGAAGUACAAGCUUUGAUUCAGGAGGAAUUACCAGAAGAUUCAUCUGAUGAGGAAUAUAAUCCUGAACAUGAUAAGCAGAGUGAUGAUGAUAAAGAAGUGGAACAUACAUCAAGUAGCGAUAUCAACACACAAUUAUUAGUAACAACACAUAGGGAUGUAACCUCUUCUGAACAAAAAAUAUCGCAUAUACAAUAUGAUUCCAAAGGCGUUUUUAAAAUACCUGCUAUUCCACAAGUAACGGAAGAAGAAAGUAUUGGUCAAAGAACACGCUCCAAGUUAUCGUUAAGUGAAACUUCUUUGGAGGAAAUAGAGCAAGCAUUCGUACCACCUGAUAUAACUGCUGAUAUGACCGAAGAUUGGGAAUGUGAACAUGAAGAUGAAGAUUGGGAUAACUUUCUGAAAGAAUUUACACAACCUUUGACGCAAGAACCAACUAUGGAAGAUGAUCCAGAAGCAGAUCCUGAAUAUAACAUCUUGGAGGAUGAAGAAACAGAUUUAUUGGACAAGGAGGAGCUUAGAACAGAUAGAGCUGUAGAAGUUCCUCGUAAGGAACAGUAUGAUUUAAUUGCAGAAUUACUUGAAUUAACCUUGAUGUUCUCAACACAAGAACAAGAAGAAGUAUCGAAAAAGAGAAAAGUUGUAGAUAAUACAAUACAACCGAUAGAAAGUAAUACUAUGAAAUGCUCGGUGGUACCGGCCCUUGCAGAACCUGAGCUGCCAGCAUUGGUAAAUUUUGAACAACGUCUUUUAUUAGCCACACAAUUUCAGCAACACGUACAAUUAAUGGCACAACAUUUUGUUAUGACUUACAUGCAUCCGGAAUAUCAUAUGCUGGCAAAAGUAUGUAAACAGAACUUGAAUAGUUUAAGGUAUUUGAGUAAUGGUCCAGAUUCUGCGUUUAAUCCAAUGAAUUUGGAGGCAGCUUUAAAAUUGAUAUCAACUUGGGAAAAUAAAUUUAACGAUGCCAAAUUUUAUGCAAAUUUUAAAAAAAAUAUAAGCGAAACUGCUAAUACUAAAAUGUACAGUGUAAAUAAGUGGAAACACAUCGAACAAUUUCCUCCUGAAUUAGAGAAAUUAUUUAUUGAAAGUGAAGCUCUUAUGUACCCACAGCUUCUUCCAUGUAUACCUUUUAGAAAUGGAAUUAAAUAUGCAGCGAAAUCUACAUACUUAAAAUCAGAGGAAAUUUUGAUUGCACUGGGCAUAGAGCAGUUUUUACCAUUUAUUACAUUUAAAUCAAAGAAUUUUCAUACGAAAAAAAUGAAACUAAUUGACGCGGCUCAACUUAUUCGUCAUUAUCUACUACCAUGUAGAGAUGCGAAAGGAAUACUACAUCAUAUUAAUAAACGACGCGCUUCCAAAGAUGAUAAUCCAAUUAAGCAAAAAGAAGAAAAAAUGAAUUCGGCGAAAAGCACUUAUAUAUUAGAUUCAUAUAAUUUUUUUUUUGAAAAACAAGGAAUUAUUAUGAACUCAGUAAUAAAAUCAUAUCCAAGUAUUCCUAAUAAUCAUCUUUUACGAAAUCCAGUUGUGAAUAUGUUACCAAAACUAUCACCUGCAAUUUCAAAUUCUAAAGCUUUGCCUAAAACUGAUAAUCUUUUUAAAAGAAGUUGUAAAUUUAAUGAUACUGAUGGUGGAAAAGUACUUGAUAAUAAUAUUCACGAUACAGAAGCACAUAAAAGAAAAACAGCAGCAUAUAAGGUGCAUACGAAUUUCUGUACUUCAAAAGUAAAUAUUUCGGAUGUGAAACCAACGCAAACAGAUAAAUUAUUAGAUAAAAAUAAUACAAAAUUAAAUACUAUGUUAACGAAGAGCUCAAAAAUAUCCAAGAAGUCGCCACAAAUAGAAUCACCUGAAUUGCCACAAAUACGAAGGACUACUCCACGAUUAGCAAAAACAAAAAGUGCCCAAAAUAUGAAAUUAAUGGCGCAAGCUUUAGGUUCAAAAAACUCAUCUAAUUGUGGUAUCUUGAAAUCUAAAGAAAAAGAUAUUACAGAUAAGAAUAUUGAUGAAUCUAGCUCAACAUCAAAAGUUGAUAAUGAAGAAGAAAUAGCAGAACUUAUGUUAGCUAGUAGCACAAUAAUAAAAGAUCCUAUAAAUAGGAAAAAGGCUAAACAAACUAGAGAAUUGGAGAUUAUUAAAAGACUAUUAAAAGCUGAGAAUCCAUUGACAGAAGAAGAACGUGAAGCAAAAUUUGCAGCAUCAUUUCUUCAGAAAUUGCACUUGAUAUUAGAAUCUAAUAAUCCAGAAACAUUUAAGGCUGUGAUAAAGUUAUAUUUGGAUUAUAGUGAAAAGUUAGAAAGUAUCAACAAUACAAUUAUUGAUCCAUUAAUAACUGACGGAUCUGAGCAAUUUGUAGCAAAUAAACAGACAUUAGAGGAUAGUGCAAUUAAAAAAGAUACACUAACAGUUCAAUUAUAUCAAGAAGUCUGUAAAAAAUUACAGAAUUAUCCAGAAAUAUGUACAGAUUUUUUAUUAUUUUUAAAACCUUAUCAAGCAGCAAUGAUCGGUAAAUCUAUAGAAUAUAUGAUGUUACAAAAAAUGAAUGAUUUUGUCCAUGUUGCACAAAUAUAUUUUGCAAAGCAACCGUCACGAAUAGCGAAAAUGAUGCAGGCAAUUACACAACUUUCGUCUGAUCCGCAUACAACUUUGGAAAACGUUUACACCGUUAUGAGUUCUGUUUUUAAAGGCCAUCCACUUGUUAUGGAUUUAUUCUUACAAAUUUUACCUACUGCAAAACCUCCUGAAAGUUUACUUGCCCCUCAUAUGUUUGAAAACAUGACAUGCCCAUUAGGGCCAUAUGAUAAAAAUACAACUUACACUGAAAACGCAUCAGAAUUGUACGAGAAUAUAGAAUUAUCAACCUCGACAUAUCAGGAAGAUCCAUAUGGAGGGGAAAAUUGUAAAUGUGAUUGUCACAAUACAGAUGAAACAAGUCUGAAAAAUAAUUUUGAACAUUGUGUUUCCUGUGGUACACGGUUUCUUAAUGGAAGAAUUUAUCUUCAAACGCCUGAAGGAUUACGACCUGCAAAAAUUACAUUUCCCGGAGAAGAUCAAGAGAAAUUGGAACAUAUUGCGCGUAUAUCGUUAAAAAUUAAUGAUAAAGCUGUUCCACAAAUUUCAUCGAAAAAACGACGGAAGUCGUCAAAGAAUGAUUCUAAUCAUGAGGACAUUUGCCAAAAACAAUGCACAAAAUACUCACCGUUGAAAAAUAACGAGAAUAAUGAAAAGGAAAUAAUAAAAUCUAAAAGAAAUGUCAAAUUUUCACUUAAAACAAAUCAUAGAAAAAUUUUAAAAAGAAUAGACACUGUAGAUCAUGCAAUCACGGAGAAAAGAAUGCGUAUAUCUCAAUGCAAGAACAAACGAGAAAAGAAGACUGAAGAAAACGAUACUUUAUUAGAAUUGAACGAACUUGACCUUACAAAACAGGAGAAAACAAAUAAAAUUGUGGAAACAAAAACUAAAACACAAUUAUUGAUGCAGGAUACUUCAUUGAACGUGGAAAUAAUUACAAAAACACAGAUGUUUUCAAAUAUAAGCAACGAUACUGGUUGUAAUUCAAAUAAAAAUACAGAAAUUGGAAUUGUGACCAAGAUGGAAGAUAAUAAACAAUUGAUAUCCGAUUUAAUUGACGAUAAACCAUGGACACGUCAGGAAGAUAUGAUUUUGUUACAAAGUAUCAAGAAGGAAUAUUCUGAAAAUGCAUUUCUACUGAUCAGUGAAAAAUUACAAAAUCGUACUGUUGAUCAAGUGAGAGAGAGAUGCCAAACUUUGCUUUCUUUACUACAGAAAAUGAUGUAAUUAUGUAUAUACACAUUAUAGAUCUGUGAUUUUGUAUUACAUUAAACAGCGACAACAGUUGAUUGGUGUUAUAGCUUAUGUGCGUUUAUGUGCAUAUAUUUAUAAAUAAAGUUUGUUACUUGACUAACAAUUUUCGUACUUGAAAUGAUAAAACUAUAUGUAGGUACAGACACUGUAAAAAAUAUUUAUAUACAUAUUUUUUAAACUUUAUUUUUAAAAUGUAAACAUUAAUUAACAAUGAGUACAUCUUUUAAGACAAAUAAGAAUAAAGGAAAUUGCAGUGUA